GUUAGCAUAGAGAGCUUCAGUGAAAAUGAGGCUGACCACUGGUUUUCUGUUGGUUUGUGUUACUUGCUACGCCGGGACAACUAGCAAAUGCCCUGUAAACACCGACGCCAUUCUGGAAACAUCGACGGCCAAAGAAGUUUUGGGACAAGUGCUGGAGAUGCUGCUGGGCAGAUUGGAUGACGUGGACCGUAAGUUGUUGGAUCUGCAAGUUGAGAUGGCUGAGCACCGCGAGGAGGUGGAGCGUAACCGGGCGACCAACGAAAUGACAUUCGUUGACUUCUUAUGGGCUCUCCACCGGCUCGGGGAAGACGUUGGGCGUAACAUGAGUGUUCUUCAGGAUCGUUCGCUGGUCAUCCUUGAUCAACAGAAGUCUUGCGCGAACCAUGAUCGGCUGCGUGAGCGACUGUUCGAUCACAUCCCGAAGCAGAACCAUUCGUCAUAUAAAACCCUGGAACAGACGUUGCUCUCUUUUAAAUCGCGAAUUCCGGCUGGUGUCUCCUCGCCAACAACAUCAACAACACCUCGGACAACGACUACAACGCAACCAACAGUGACCGAGCCACCAAUUUAUGCAUCGUGCAAGGAUGCGCCAGCAAACAUUUCGGGAGUGUACCUUAUCCGCAUAAACAACGAUAGUGCGCCGUUUAAAGUCUAUUGCGAGAUGGAAUCGUAUGGGGGCGGAUGGAUUGUAGUGCAACAUCGGUUUAACGGCUCGGUUGAUUUUUAUCGAAACUGGGCCGACUACCGAGACGGCUUUGGUGAGUUGGAUAGUGAAUUCUGGCUCGGGCUGGAGCACAUUCACCAACUGACGACCGCUCGGAGCCAUGAGUUGAUGGUGGAGGUUAAGGACUUUAAUGGUAAUUCAGGGAAUGCGUACUACAGUUCAUUUGAAAUAGGCAGUGAGAGUGAGAAAUACAUCCUCAAACAAGUGGGAUCGUAUAUUGGCACUGCAGGAGACUCGCUGAAAGAUCACAAGGGAAAAAUGUUCUCGACGAAGGAUCAGGAUAAUGAUGAGAGUUCCGUUGAACAUUAUGCUGUUACUUAUGAAGGCCCCUGGUGGCAUGUGUAUAGCUAUUCGAAUUUGAACGGACAGUACAACAAUACCACCGAUACGAAAUCAAUGUUUUGGUAUCAUUUGAAAAACGAUUGGCGAGGAAUGAGCUUCAGCAGGAUGAUGAUUCACGAGUUUUAA